CUAUGGCUCGAUAAAAUGGUGUUGACUGGGGACUCUGGAGCAGGGAAGGGUAAUCUUUCAUGUGUCAUGAGUUCAAAUUUACCAUGUCAUAAAAUACUAUCAUUAGUUUUCUCUCCCCAUCUCAAGAUAAAGGAUUCAUUCUGCUUUCUUCCAGUUGUGUUGAUUGGAGACUCUGGGGUAGGAAAGAGUAACCUUCUGUCACGCUUCACACGGAAUGAGUUCAACCUUGAGAGCAAGAGCACCAUUGGGGUGGAAUUUGCCACAAGGAGCAUCCAAGUGGAUGGGAAGACAAUAAAAGCCCAGAUCUGGGACACUGCAGGGCAGGAACGAUACCGUGCCAUAACCUCAGCCUAUUACCGUGGUGCCGUUGGGGCCCUCCUUGUCUAUGACAUUGCCAAACAUUUGACCUACGAGAAUGUGGAGCGUUGGCUAAAGGAGCUCCGAGAUCAUGCAGACAACAACAUUGUCAUCAUGCUAGUGGGAAAUAAGAGUGACUUGCGCCAUCUGAGAGCUGUGCCCACGGAUGAGGCCCGGGCUUUUGCAGAAAAAAAUAACUUAUCAUUUAUUGAAACUUCUGCCCUGGAUUCUACAAAUGUAGAAGAAGCUUUCAAGAACAUCCUUACAGAAAUCUACCGCAUCGUGUCUCAGAAGCAGAUUGCAGAUCGAUCUGCACACGAUGAGUCUCCCGGCAACAAUGUAGUUGAUAUCAGUGUUCCUCCAACCACCGAUGGACAGAAAUCCAACAAACUCCAGUGCUGUCAGAACCUGUGACCUCCUGUAGAUGCUGUCUGUGCUUCAGUUAGAAACGUGUAUGGGCUUCUUUCAAGUAUUUCCUGUGAUUCAGUGACUCCCUGUGUAACUCUUCUCCACUCCCCGCCCCAGGCCCCUUCUUUCAUCUUAGAGCUUUAACUGUAGGGCUAACAUUCCCCUGCCACUGAAAUUCCCAUUUGAAUGUGAUGACUUUUUUGGGCUUGAAAUGUAGGCACUGAUCUGGUAGGCAUACUUGUUGUAGAACAUCUGCUGCUGGAUAGUAUUCCAUGAAGCACUCUCCUCCUAAUGGCUGAAGAAAUAUCUACAUUUAAGUUUUCAUUUUUUCAAUGUCAGACUUUCUCACGGCCCUUAUGUUUCUGUAAACGGAAGAAAUUUAAAAGAAAAUAUCUAAUCUACUAAAUGUUCUGUUUCUCUGUCCAGAUGAAGUAUCAGAGUGAAGUUUUUAGUGGCUGCACAUGAGUGGUAUUGAAAAUAGCCUUACUAGUUAUGAAAUUCCCUUGAAUGCAGAUGUAGUCUGGCUGUGCAGUUUUACUAUUUCCGGUCUGGGGAAUCUUCCUUCUUAAUUUGUUUUAUUUGGGAUCAAUGAAGUAUGUCUGCAUUGCAUUAUUUGCCAUGAUGGAUGCCUGUUCAGCUGAGUGCAGGCAGUAUGAAGUGGCUUAAUAUUUAUUCUUGGCUUAUUAACAAACAUUAAUGUACAGUAAGUGCCAGCAUAUUAAUUUUAAGGUCUCUUUGAAAGCUGUAGAACUAGAUUCAUUUUAUUCUGUAGAAUCAGUGUCUGGAGGAGAAAUCCUCUCUAGUCCCAGAAUUUUUUUGCAUGCUGCUUUCUCACUAGGUCUUUCCCUCAAUCUGUUUGAGUGAGAGUAAAGCAAUAUUUUCAUGUUCUGUACAUACCUGCACUUGUAAGCUUUUUGGUUUGUUGUUAGAGAAACACAAUUCUUUAUACAUUUUGUAAAACUUAUGUCCAAUCAUAGCAUCUUGGAUUUUCUUUCCAUUAUCUUUCACUGUUGACCUUGUGCCCCACUUUUUUUUGUCUUGACCUCUACUAAACUGGAUAAGAUCCUGAGUAGUACACACAGUCCUGCUACUUCACGCUUAGCCUAUUUUCUGAAUCGCAGGCUGUAAAUUCCAAACAACUAUAAUUCAUGUGAUAUGACUGAUUCUGUUAUCAGUAGGGCCAACAACUAUAACAUGUACAUGUCAGUCACUUGCUAGCUUGUGAAAACCCUUUGGGGAACACUCCAUCAGUCACCAACUCUAGUAUUGUUGCAUCUUAGCAGUGGACAGUUUUGUGCUGAGAACGAGAUGUGGGGAAUACCAUCUGUUCUGUAUGGGCUAGCUAAAGCAGCUCGUGGAGUGCGGGGUUGGGGGGUUGCUGUAUAUUGCUUUCAAAUGCUGAGUCCAUGCCUCACUUGACACACCCUAACUUGCAUGUCAGUGAGGGAUUUUUUUGAUAAAGUGAAUCCGAAACUGUACAUUGUGUGUUUGCAGGGAUUGACAUUCCAGUGUCAACUGUCUUGUAUCUGGUAAUGUAAUGCAGCUAAGGGCAGUUAACUCUGGCUUUUUUCUUUGUACAGUGUCCAGCCAUAUGCAUUUCCUUUGGUCUACAAUUCAGUUUUAAGCUAAGUAGUUAAAUGGUCUCAGUACUUAACUUAUCAUAAAUUCUUUAAGUUUGUUUUCUAGUGUGUUCACCACGGUUUUUUGCCAGGAUUUAGGUCAGGUGGUGGGAUUACGUUCCAUGUGACCCGUCCCUAUUUGAUGGGGAAGGUGUUUAAUCCCUCCUGGUAAAGAUGGGGAGCUGUCCCAGCACUGGAAGCCACUAGCACUAACACCCCCCUAAGAUUAGUACUCCUACCAAGCCUGAACGGGAGCCUUCUCUUUUCUGAUGGGUCUGACUGUGUGGGACUCGCCAUUAGUAUUUAGAGGCUGGCUGGGGAAGCACACAGUAACGAAAAUAUUCCUUACAGCAGUUUGAAAUACUGCUUUCAAGAGCAGGCAACCACUUCUGGAGCUGGAGUCUUACUACUAGUUUUCUGAAAGAGCUUUCAACAGCACAUGGUAUAAAGGAGUGGGGAGUAGUCCCAGAGUACAUCCAAUGUCUUGAGGAAGAAUUGUACUGUUGAGAGAGGCCUUAGUUCCUGGUAACUUGCUACUACAGGUUGAACCUCUCUGGUCCAGCAACAUCCAUGGUCCUAUUGGAUGUUGCUGGACAAGGGAGCAGCAGAGCUCCGGUGACCCCUGGGGCUGACUGCAGAGCCUGACAAUUUGCUGGGAGAGCUCAGAAUCCACAAGCAGAGGAGCCAUCCUCCCCUGGUCCAGCACCCUCAGAAACUCCUUUGGUCCCGGAAUUGGGAGGUCUAACCUGUAACAUGGUGAUUAUUCUGCAAGGCCUUUGUUUCUAAAGGUGACUAUUAUCACCUAAACAAGACGACGAAGUGGUGAGGGCUUUUCUGGCUAGUUGAGAGAAGCAGUAAGCAUCAUGAUCCAGUUAAAUCCCUAGGCUCUGGAAUAGAAACAUUUUGACUCCUGGGAUUUGUGCAUAGCUUUAGGAUUUGUCUCAAUGCUCUAAUAAAAGGACCUUGUCCAGGACAUGGGUCUUUCCAUCUGUCCUAAGAGGUCCUACCAUAAUGAUCUGCAGUUGUGGACCCACUGAUCACUUCCCUAGUACCAGGGGAGUAGGUGGACAAGGAGGGGGCUACUCCUGAGAACUGACUUGUGGUUUGUAGGGGAUGCAGAGUGAGGUGGAAAUGAUUUUGCUUAAGGUAUUCCCAAGGCCUGUAGCAUGAGAGAAAGGACACUUGCUGUAGUUUUAAUCUUAAUAGCCAUCAAAUGUUUUCCCAUGCACAGAUGUGAAACCUUAAUGGGGUUACCUUGUGAUCUAAAGUAUCUUGAUUCUACCCCAUGGCAAUUCCAUACGUGUCUGAAAUGCAAUACGAAUACCGAGCACUGCAGGUGCCUGCGGGUGGAGUCGAUGCAGAGGAGAGUUAGACAAAGGAAACUUUCUGAGAGUCAGACCGGGACCAGCUAGAACGAACAAACACAAAUAGUCUGCACCACUGCACAACUUAUCACUACAUUUUCUUGAUGUGAAAAAAUUGAGCUCUGCUUAGCUGCAGCAUAACCUCAUUAGCACCAUGUCCCAAAGCUGUAAUGCAAGGAAAAACAAGGGCUCCGCUUCUGCCCUCAGUCACUUGUGCCUAUUGGGGAUCUUUGUCACCAAGAACAAAAUUUGUGUCUACUCCUUGUUAUAUGAAGCUGCUGCUCAAGGAAGCAGCUAGGUUCUGUGGGAGUUAAAUCUUCACAAAGCUUGUUCCCCGAGCUCCUGCUUCACUCAGCCACUGCAAACGGUGUUAGCUUUCAAAGCUUAAUUAAACUAAUUAUUAAAAAGAUCUUUCACCAUUUAGUGUAAUGAGCUGGUGUUCCCAUUUGAAGUUCCUUACUGACUUGAAACUUAUUUCUGCCCUGGAUUGGGCCAUAUUAGCAGCACAUUUUACUAAUUAAAUAACUAGCUAAUCACCAUCUAUUGAAGCUGUUUUGGAGAGGAGACAAAAGACCAAAAUUGACCAACACUGGUGUUUGUUACUGAACUGUUCAUAGUGGAACCUCAUUAAAUUGGCCUUGUCUAUUGGGAGUAGGGUUUCUUAUUGUUCAAUUUUACAUUCUUUUCUGUCACACAUGGGGAAGUCACAGUAACUACCUAGAUGUCUGAGUUCAAUGAAAGGAGCUCUCAACCUGUCUUUUUAUGGAGUUCAUCUCUGAUGAGCAAAGAAGGAAAGUCAGGUCCAGUGCAAAGUUUAAAUCACUCAAAUUUUGUUGUUGGAAACUCCACAAAGGACAGUCUGGUGUAAUCUGUUAAAUGGACUCUGUCUGCCAAAACUUGGUAGAGGUGAAAGGGAUAUGAUUUCCCGGCCCUGCACUCAUCAGAGGUAUUUUGGGGGAGCUGACUAUACUUGGUGCCUCUACAGACCUCCCAGCGUGUGGUGAAGAGAGUUAGUAUAUUUGUCAAUUUAAAAAAAAAAGAUUGUGGGACAUACAUAUGAAUCAAGAGGUAUCUUCACACUCCAAGGCAACUGCUCUUUCAACUGGGAAAUGCAGUCUUGAUUUUGAGGAGUGGUCUGUGCUUUUGCUAUUUGAACAGGUCACUCAUUGAAAGAAGCCAAUUGGUUUGUUUGAAAACCUGCUUCUCUAUUGGACCAAUGAGUCCUCAGAGCUUGAUGUGCUAGCCUUGUGUGUGCAAAACAUUGGCACCACCUUGAGCUAUAAGUGGUGUGAAAGUGAGUCCAUCUCUGCCCUGUGGUGUGUUCCAGAGUGGAGACUAAAGGAAGAACAGGUACUUCAGACAUCUUUAUCUCUGAGGAAGCACAGAUCUAAUAAGCUGUUUCAUAAUCAUCUACUGAUGCCUUUCCCCCUUCCUAGCAAGGAAGGAACCUACCCUAAUUAGAGGCCUGCUCUUUUUAAAAACGCAAAAGCCAGGCAAUUUGGACUGAAGGCUGAAAUUUGUCCUUAGCUCUAAAGUGACGUAAUCCAGUAGAGCUUGAAGUCUCAUAGCUUCAAGAACAGACCCUUGCCAGGGCUGUGGUGUAGGAUUUUAUAGCUCAGAAUGGACAGUGGGGUAUUUCCAGACAAGUGUUGUGAGUUUCUAGGCUGCUUCGUUGCUGCCAUUUGCAUUUCUCUUUUGGUCGUGUUACUGGACAGGCUCUGUGGGCUGUAGCCCUGGACCUUUAUGCAACUGAGAAGUGGUUCCUUUCACUUUUUUUUAAACUCAUGAUUCCUGUAUUCAGUUAAGUGCAAUUCACUUUGUAAAUAGAUUUAUGCAUCACUUGAUUUUUGUGCAUGGUUAUUAUGUAUUGUGGAUAUAAAGAUUGCCAAACCAAA